UGUUUUUAUAUUUUUAUCUUUCAGAGAGAGAGUGUUGAUCUUUUCUAAUUCCCUGUUAUUUUGUGUACUAUUUACUUCCAUUAUGUCUAUCAGGCAGUUCAUAUCUUCUUGGGAAAAUCCUGGAUCUGUAUUUGUAUUCUCACCUGUGUUUUCUCUUAUAUUAUGAAUAUUUUCUCGUUUGAUUGUGUUUUUGGGACAGACAGCAAAGUAAUGAGGUUGUGUGCAACUCUGGCAUUUUAACUUAUUAUUUUUGCAAUAUUUGGCAAUAUGAUUCCGCUCGAAACAUUUGGUACAUUUUCUCAAAUCUUUCAACCUUUGUAUUCUAGUCUCAAAAUUUAUAUAUUUUUUACAUUGGACGGAACUGUGAUUAUCGAUCUCACAAAAGACGCAUGGCCUUCUCUUUUUAUUUGUUUCAUUGGAAUAUCUAUUUAUUUCUGGUUUUGGUUCCCGCCAAUUUUUGUUUUUAUCCCUCUCUAUAUUAUUAGUAAAUACAUUAUGAUUUUGGCGAAGAGGAGGGCGUCUAUAAUUCGAUGA